GAAGUAACCUCCAACAUGAACGACAGCCACCAACCUUCACCCUCUUUAUAUCGCGACGGAAAGACUGGAGAAGGGCCUAAGGGAAAGCUUGGGGAAGGGAAUGUGAGAAUGGAGAACGCGAGGGCACGGAGGGAAGCGGCUCGCUGGCGGUGCAGGAAGCACCCGAAGCACCGGCAAUCGACCGGCGUGUGCUCGCUUUGCUUGAGCAAGAAGCUCUCCCGGUUAUCCAGCGGCAGUUAUCUACGCGGCUCGACCGGGGCGAACAGACGUUAUUCUUGCUCCUCCUCGCCGUCGUCGUCGUCUUCGCUGUCGUCCUACCACUCCUCUUCCGAGUCGUCCUCGUGCUCGAGUCCGAUCCAUCGCUACGGCCGGUUCGCCCACGAAGCGAGGUCCGGGCCGGUGUCGAUGCUCUUCGGGGGCAAGGACGGGCUCAAGAAGAGCCGGUCCAUCGCCUUCGCGCCGAAGACGAGAGCGGGCGGGGAUUGCGCUGGAGAGAUCAUCAAGGGAGAGAAGAGCAAAGGUGGGUUUUGGUCCAAGCUGAUCCCUGCCAGGAGGAAGAGGGAUGGAGCGGGAGGUGGCGACUUGAAGAGCUUGAAGCAUUCCUUGACGCAGAGGGAGACGGUGACCAUGUAAUAUUUGGUUCAUCGGAUUGGAUUUGGAGAGAUGGUUAGACCAAAGGGGAAGAACCAAUGCACAUUCGAAUAGAAGGAGGUUCUUCUGUCGUCGAUUGUAAAUUAAUUACGUUGUAUUAGUGCUUAAUAGAAGGAAUUUAACUAGAGGAAGGCCUUUGCCAAA